AUGGAACAAUAAUAAAAAAUUGAAAUUGUAAACUAAUCCUUAAUUAAUAUAAAUUUAUUAAGGAUUAUUAUUAUUUUGGCAAUAGUAGAAUCAUUCAUUCGAUAAUUCUAGUUUAAUUCUUGUAAAUUAUUAUUUUAUUUUAGGAAAAUUGCUGAUAUUUUUAAAUAGUACAAUCAGCAAUUACAAUUUCAGAAUAGUAAAAGAAUGUUUAGUCUUUAUAUGGAAUUAACUUUGUUUUUAAAAUCAAUAGAUUGGAUUUUUCAUUAUACCAGACCCUUUAUGAGAAUAUUUACAUUUAGGAUACAACUUAUUUUUAAUCAGAAUAUGUCAAAUUAUAGUAAAUUUAGAUAUGCAUUUAGUAAAUAGAAAGAAAGCAGAAUGA